AUGUGGGAUUCGUUCAGUACGGGUGUGGUCUCUACACCGCGUGCCAAUACCACCGACCUGGGCCCCGAAGUAGCACGCAACAUCACCCACGAGAUCUGUCUCACGACGACGAAUCCGAGCCAUUCGGUACCCGACAGUAGCAAGGGCCAAGUCGUUUGCGCAGGCGUUUGGAAAGACUUCGCGAAGGGAGCAUCCAUGGCAGGCAUAUAG